ACACUAUUAUUACCUUCGGGUACAAUUGCAAGAGCGUCUCUUUUGUUGCUUAAGCCCCAUAAACCUGCAAAACCCAUUUUGCUUACCUCCUCCAAGAAACUUUCAAUACUAUUAUUACUGUUAUUCCAAUAUUAUAAAACUGUAUAUCAAUGAAGAACGCAGACCCUAAGAAUCCCACCACUCAGCAAAUUUUUGGAACAGUUAUAAAUGAAGAUGAUGCCUCCCACUUAGUCGGCGGCAUAGUUGAAAAGGGGUUUUCAGAACAACCAUUAAACGGGCCUACUAGUUGGACUUUUGCCCCUCGCCCCACUGUUCUUCCUUUUCCUGUGCCUCGUCACCGCUCACAUGGUCCGCACUGGGCACCAAAGGUUGGAGAUGUUUGUGGUAACAAUGAUCACGAUGAUGAAGAGAAUGAAGAGGAAGAAGAAGAUUUCACUGGAAUCAACCAGAUUGGAAAUUUUGCUAAGCCCGUGCAAAGAAAAGAGAAGAAAGGGAUGGAUUUUCGUAACUGGCGGGAGAUAGUGGCUAGUGAUAAUAGUUCUGUGCCAUACAAGAGGGAAGAAAGGGAGCGCAAGGUGAAUUCGACAUCAAAAGAGCGAAAGGCUGUUGCAGAAGCAUCUCGAAACAAAAACAACUCAAAUGAACGUCCACCAGAUGAAAAUGGAAAUGGUGCUAGUUUAUCUGUAGAAGAUGGUACAAAAUCUCAGGAUGUCAUCAUGGAGGAUGAGCAUCUGGUUCAAGAGAAAGAGCAUCUGGACAUGGCCAUGGGUAUCGAACAGGGAGGUGUGGAACAAAGUAACCAUUCUGUUUUACCACAGCAGAAAUGUGGAAAUGGUAUCACUGAACAGGAGGAAGAAAUAAUUGAGGAUAUGCAUCCUACCUUACAGGUUAACUCUCAGAAACGUAACAUUUCUGCAAACAAAGUCGAUGCUAGCUUUGACCCCAAGGAAGUGGAAGGAAGGCACAAUGCUAGUAAUCUUGAGAGUCAAAUUGAUGCUGAGAAUCGAGCUCAAUUAGCGAGAAUGUCAGCUGAUGAAAUUGCUGAAGCACAGGCUGAAUUAUUGGCAAAACUAAGUCCAGCAGUUUUGGAGGCACUGAAAAGGAAAGGCCAAGAGAAGUUGAAAAGAGAAAAAUCUUAUAGAUCCAGGUCUCAUCUCAGUGGAGAAAAGGGUAAUUUGCUGGAUCAGAUGAAGAAUGAAACCUCACAAGGCACACAGAAAAAAAAUGUGGAAGAUGAUACUCCAAAGUUGAACACCAAUACCAGUGUAUGGGAUGAAUGGAGUAAACGAGUUGAGAGUGUCCGAGAAUUAAGAUUUUCUUUGGAUGGCAAUAUUGUGAAGAGUGAACUUGAGGUCCCAAAGAGUGGUGUCUCCGUUGCGCAAGAUCUCUCUGGGCGCGACUAUCUACGAACUGAAGGUGAUCCUGGCGCGGCUGGUUACACCAUCAAAGAAGCAGUCGCUCUCACAAGAAGUGCAGUAGCUGGACAACGAACAUUUGCUUUACAUCUUAUUGCAUCUGUGCUUGAUAGAGCAAUAUGCAGAAUUCACCAGAAUCAGCUGGGGUGUAUCUUAAGAUCUCAGGACAGAGAUGGAUUUAAUGACUGGGAGGCCAUUUGGGCUUUCAUACUAGGGCCAGAACCUGAGCUUGCUCUAUCAUUGAGGUAGAUUUAAGUGCUUCCUCUUUGUUUU